GCUUUGCCGUUUUAACGCGUGUAAAGGUUGCUUACUAAUGGCGAUCAACACUUCUGUGUCACAAUCAACCCUGAUCAGAUGCCUGACAUAAGAUCACUUUUCUCCACUUUGCAAGGAAGGAUAUAUAAUAAAGCAUGACAACGAUAUCCUAACUCACACAAUCCCGUCAUCAACACAAUAUGUCUUCCACAACAGCAACUCGAGUUAUCUUGGUCACAGGAUCCAAUAGAGGAAUCGGGUAUGGGAUCGUCGCUCGUCUGGCACGAGAAUUCUUGCCAACAGCAGGCAAGGAAGAACGAUUGAAGAUCUACGUGGGCAGUCGUGAUCAACAAAAGGGAGAAGAUGCAAUCAAAUCACUUCAAAGUGAACUGGGCAAAACAUUACAAGCCAACAAUACAUCCUUGCAAACCUGUCAAUUAGACAUGAGUGAUGUCGAAAGCAGAAAGAAUGCAAUCGCAUACAUCGUCGAACGUGAUGGAGGUUUGCAUACUGUUAUCCAAAAUGCAGGUGUUGCUCUGGACGGAUUUGAUGCAGAAGUUGUGAGAAAGACAUUCGAAACCAACUUCCACAACGUUGUUGCCUUUAACAACGAGCUAUUGCCAAUCCUUCAAGAGAAUGCAAGAAUUGUCAUCUUGGCUUCUAUGGCAGGUUCCCUUCAAGGUUACUCAGACGAGAUCAUCAGACGCUUCCGAGCAGCAAGCACGACCAAAGAAGUGGAAACACUAGCAGAUGAAUACUACAAAGCAGUUCAAAAAGGAGAUUACAAGGAUAAAGGAUGGAAAGGAGCAGCAUAUGGUUGCAGUAAAGCAUGCAUUAUCGCUUAUACACGCGCAUUCUCUAACGAGUUACGCAAAAGUGACGAUGCAAGACUUCGCUCUAUCACGAUUAACAGCUGUUGCCCUGGUUAUGUGAACACAGGUAUGACCAAAGGAAAGGGAGUGCUCACGCUUGAUCAAGGAGCAGCAACUCCCGUCAUGCUGGCUCUGCAAGAUUUGAAUGGUCGUUCGGGUGGAUAUUUCAAAGAUGAAAAAGAACAAAACUGGUAGAUAGUGUAGCCGGAAAACUAUUGAAUAUGUGAAUCAAUAAAUCAUGAUCAUAAUGCUGCGGGUUUGAUUAUUGCAAAGAUGGCAAUGAAUGCACAAUGAAUCAUAGUUUAUUGUUUAUUGCAUAUAGAGGGACCGCUUAUUGACGCAUAUAAUGUACAUAACCAUGUGCUUUUAUUGCAUAGGGUUUUCCUGUUUGUUUCGGUCAUCCAUGUAGAAGUAUGUAUGAGUCUAAAUAUAGACAAGACGCGUUCACCACCUAUUUCUUAAUUGGCCGGCAUGUC